AUGAAAUGUUUAGUUAUCUUCACGUUAAUUAAUUGUAUCAUUGGAGCUAUACUUGGUAUAGAUUAUGGUGAAAAAUUCACCAAGGCAGUAUUAUUAGCUCCAGGUAUACUGUUUGAAAUAGUUUUAACAGAUGAAGGUAAAAGAAAAGAUUUAUCAGGAAUAGCAAUACGACCAGAUUCCAAAAAUGGGAUAGAAAGAAUUUAUGGAUCUCAAAUGGGAUCAUUAAUCACAAGAUUUCCAUCAAAUUGUAUACUAGAUAUAAAACAACUAAUUGGUAAAAAAUUCGAUGAUCCUAUAGUUGAAAAGUACAUGAAAACGCAUUUUGGCUCAAAAUUGGUUGAAGAUAAAACAAGAGGAGGAAGUAUAAAAUUUGACUUGAAUUUAAAUAAUUCAAGUUAUGAAUUUUCAGUUGAAGAAUUAUUAGCAAUGACUUUGAAUGAUAUAAAAUUAAGAGCUUUAAAUGACUUGGAGGAGAAUCCCAACGCAGCAGCAUUGGUUGAGGAUGUUGCUAUUAGUAUUCCACCUUUUGCAACUCAAGCGACCAGACAAGCGUAUUUGGACUCAUUGUACUUAGCCAAUUUUUCAAACGUCUUAGGAUUAGUCGAAGAAGGAACGUCAGUUGCCUUGAAUUUUGCUAGUAAUAAAAAAUUUGAAAAUGCAGACUAUAAUGAUGUAAAAGAAUAUUAUCUUGUCUACGAUGUUGGAGCAGGCUACACAACUGCAACUUUAUUCUCAAUCACUCCAACAUCAAAUGGUCAAAUUGUAUUAGAGAUUGAAAGUGUUGGCUCUGAUGAGUUAUUUGGUGGUAAAACUUUAACAGAUUCCAUAUUCACAAUAGUAUUUCAAAAAUUCUUGAACCAUUUCAAUUUGGAAGAAGAUAAUGUGCCAACAAAAGUUCUCGCUAGAUUAUACGAGGCUGCUGAAAAAGCUAAAAUUAUUUUAUCAGCCAAUAAUGAAUUUCAUACUACCUUAGAAUCAAUUUACGAUGAUAAAGAUUUUAAAUUUCAAGUAACUAGACAAGAGUUUGAAGAUAUUAAUUCUGAUUUGAUGGAUUGUAUCACAAAACCGAUUGAACAGGCUCUACAGAAUGUUGAUUUGAAAGUUGAUGACAUUAAGUCAGUAGUUUUAAAUGGUGGUUCAACAAGAGUCCCAUUUGUGCAAAAACACGUAUCAUUAUUUGUCGGAUAUGAUAAAAUUUCGAAAUCUGUAAAUACGGAUGAAAGUUCAGCUUUAGGAACUACUCAAAUUGGGCUUAAUUUGAAAACCAGAAUUCAGAAUUCUAAAGACAUCAAUUUAAUUGAAAAAAGUCAUCAUAAUUUCGAAAUUAGUAUUGAUGAAAAUGAUGAGCAGAUCCCGGUUUUCUCAAGAGGAACGAUCGUUGGCACUAGCAGAAAGGUAAAUUUGAAUACAACUUCAAACAAAGAUUUAGUCGUUUCAUUAUAUGAAGAUGGUUCAUUAAUAAAGUCGUACAAAAUUGAUGAUCUUGCCUCUCAAUUUAAAAGAUCCAGUUGUAAAUCGAAAGAGAAAAAGGAGCUUGUUGCUACUUUUGAAUUGAAUAAAAGCAAAAUGUUUGACCUUACUAAAUUAGAAGUUGAAUGUUUACCAAAGCUUGAAUCAUUUUUCAAUAAAUUAUUGAACAAAAACGAUGACAAUGAAUCACAAGAUGACAAGAACAUUGAACUUCCAUCUAAUACCACUAAUACAACAGCAGAACAGAUUUUGAAUAUGAUUGAAAAAAGAUCCAAGUCAACAUAUGUUUCAAUUCCAUCACCAAUUUAUCCUCACAUUCAACCAAUAGACAAACACUCUCGUAAAAAAUUAUUGAAUAAAUUAUCAUACUUAAAUGAUUUAGACGAUGCCAAAAUAGAAUUAACGGAAGUUAAAAAUCAAUUAGAAACUCAAUUGUAUAAAUUAAGAGAAUUUGUUGAAACGAAUGAGUCAACUUUACAAAAAGAAUUGGAAGAGUCUGAGAUUUCAGGAUAUGUUGAUUAUGUUGCUGAAACUAUUGAAUGGUUAGAUUUUGAGAGUGAUGAUACUUUAGUUGAAGAAUUGAAAUCUAAAAUCAAUGAAGUUCAAGACAAAGAAGCAGAGAUCAAAACUUAUAUACAAAUGUCGACUGCGGAUUUGUCGAAAGAGGGAGUUCAAAAAUUGUAUGACGACGGUACACAAUUGAUGAUGACAAUUCAAUCAAGUAUGUUGAAGUUUGGACAAAAAAUUUCUGAGAUUAGAGCCAAAUUUGAAGAAUCUAAUUUGGAUUUUGAUAAAGAGAACGAUCGAAUUAAAAACAAACUCAAGGCUUCCGAUAAGGAGGAAAAAUUGCUAUCAUUUGACAAAAAUUUACAGGCUUAUAAGGACACAAUCACGAAAAUUGGAGAAUUAUUAUCGUACCCAGAAAAGAAAUUUAACAAGAUUUCCAAAAAAGAACUUUAUUCAUAUCAUGAUCAAUUAGCAAAGGGUGUAGCAGAUAUGGUAUUAGAUUUAAUGGGAGUUGAGUCUAGUCAUAUGGAAAGAGUCAAAUUAUUUGAUGAAACUUACGAUAAAUUAAUUGAAAGACAAAAACAGAAAGAGUUUAGAAAGAAAUUGAGGGAAGCAGCUAAAGCGCAAAAGAAACAACAAAAGGAGGAAGAACAACCAGAAGAAAAGGCGGAAGAUGAAGAAUUGGAAAUCGUUGAAGAUGAAGACGUUGAAAAGGUGGUCGAAGAGAAGGAAAGUUUAACUUCAACUUCAGUUCAAUCCCAAAAUUCCCAUGAAUCUAAUGAAUUAGAUCACGACGAAUUAUAG